AUGGAAGAAUUGGCAAGGCGUCACCCACUUCCCUCGCUCGAUUCUAGAACUCUGGCGAUAAUCUUGACACACAAGUCUCUGGAACUCCCUCCAGUCAACACGCAUAAUGAGGAAGACCCGCUCAAAGAUUCUGAACAAGCGGAGAGAGUGAUGGCAGCAGAAGCUGCAUAUGCGGUAGUGCAACGAAGUGAAAAGAUUAAAGUUGAAACAUUCAAAGCCUAUAUCGGUGCCGCAUAUCAAGAACAUGGCCUGGAGGUCAUCACGAAAUGGUUCGAGGCCAUUGUCCCAAAAAGUCUGGAAGAUGCAAGAGUGGAGGACGAGGAGAGAAUUGAAAGAGAGGAAGCACUUAGAACUGCGAUGGAGAAUGCUAAUAUCAAUGAACCGAAUCGACCUGUCACCCCCCCUUCACAACACGGCACCUCAAAUCCUGGCAGUCCCACCUCCCCUCAACCUGCCGGCUCCGGAGGACUUGCUCUCUUCAACGAAAUUUGUACUCAGAAGAAAUUAACGCCCAAAUGGGUCGAAGCAAAGCAGGGUGCAGCUCACCAACCCACCUUCAAAGCUGUGGUGACAUUGACCGGGGAAUCCCUCAUCAAUACUGUCGUGACGUCCACGUUAGAGCGGGAACGACCCCUUUCGAGGCGCGGGGACUUGGCAGAUAAACGUAUUUUGUUGACAUCAAAAGAGCGAGUCUCUUACUGGUCGGACGCUUACGGGCUUCCCACACGCUUGAAUGCGCGUGCAGAUCAAGAAUCAACACUCCGCAAUGAGAACAUCACAGCUAAGGUGGAAGUCUUUCAAGCCUAUGUUGGUGCUCUCUUCCGACUUCAUGACUUCCGAGUCCUAGAAGACUGGCUGAUGCCGGUGGUGAAGGAGAGUUUGGAAGACAUUGAAAUAAUCGAAGAAGCAAACAAUCUUCCGGACCCAGGUUUCGACCAGUCAACAAUUGGUAUCCCGAACGCUGCAGCAGCAAAUGUGAAUAACGCACCAGAUAUUGAAAAUCCCCACAUUCCACCGCCCAAUGUAGAGCCUAGGAAUGGAAGCAUUGCGAGAAAUAGUCAAGAUGGACCAAAGAUUGGCCUUGGCUUUUUUAACGAGCAAUGCAACAAGCAUCGAAUCGAACCGCAGUGGGGUUUGGGAAGUGAGGGCCCAAGCCACAAGCCUACUCAUACCGCCACCACGGGUACUGGCAAGACGAGGAGCGAAGCAAAGCAUAAAGCGGCUGCACAAGCAAUACGCGCACUAGGAUGGGUGAGUGCUAGGGGCUAUUGA